CAAUUUUCAUUUGUCCUCUCAUUUUAGACAUUUUCACAAACACUUGGCCCUCAUCUCCCUUUCCCCUGCUGCUAUAUUUCUUCCCCCACCCUUUCUCCUCCCCACCUCCUCUGUGUGGUCCUCUUCCUCCCUCAUACCCAUCUGGGUUUUCAAAGUUUCUCUGAUUGCAUCUUCUCCUUUUGCAAUUUCGUGUAUUUGAGCGAUUGAUUUGGGUGUCAAUCGAUCGCUCACGACACCUUUUGGCUGAAGACGAAUCUGUCGAGAAAGUUUGAAGAAGAACGAAAAUGGCUGAGGAACAGGAAUGGCACGAAGCAAGCAAUCACGUCCUCUGCGCGAAUAACUGCGGCUUUUUUGGUAGCCCUACGACGCUCAACCUCUGUUCUAAGUGCUACAAAGAUCAUCGCCUGAAAGAACAACAUAUGUCGAAUGCCAAACUCGCCGUCGAAAAAAGCCUCACCCCGCCGCAAGCCCCACAACAACCUCCACCACCACUGGAAACAUCUUCUUCCUCUGGCACAUCAGUAUCUCUUUCCGUCACUACAGAUCUAGAAUCGGGUGCUGUGCCUCCGCCUCCGGUGGCGGUUGAGGUUGUUCCGAUUCCGAAACCGCAGCAGCGGAACCGAUGCGGGUCAUGCAACCGGCGCGUGGGGCUAACGGGGUUCACGUGCAAGUGUGGGACUACUUUCUGCGGGACCCACCGAUAUCCGGAGCUCCACGCCUGCAGUUUUGAUUUCAAGACAAUUGGGAAAGAAGCCAUCUCAAAGGCGAAUCCAGUGAUCAAGGCUGCAAAACUCAACAAGAUUUGAAAAGAUUUAAGCCGUUGGAUGGUUGUGCUUGUUGAUCUUACGGUUGAUAUUGGAGGUACAGGGUAUGGGAGAUGGUCAAGGUCCUGUGGGGGGUGUUUGGUUUGAUUUAUUGUUUCUUGUUUGGUUUAUUGGGUCAAUUUUAGUUUUUUUCUAUGUUUGUAAAAAGAUUAAAAACUUGGAAAUGAAAUUAUGGUCCACUAAUUUUUAGGUUAAA